AACCUACCUACUAAUCUACACUUUGUUCUUGGGUAAUGGCAUGUUUAGACGCGAUAGUGACGUGAUAGUGAUUAUCGUUUCGGUUCCGGCUAUUUAGUUUGCUAAAAAAGACCAUCCAAGUUGACGCGGCUAGUUCGCGUCUUAUUGCUCGCAACCACGGCUUCCCCGGUUGCAAUGACGCAACAUAGUGACGCUUCUAGCGACCGUUCUGAGGUCUCAGUAACACCACCACCACCACCGGUUUCGAAGAUGCUGGAGUUCGCUACUCACCAAAACCUCAAUUUGUUCAAUUUAGAGCACAGGAACAUGCUGGCGGCCCCGCUGGCGGCCCUACAUUCUAUGGCGGAGAUGAAGCAGCAGCAGCAUCAUCAUCAUCUUAGCCCUUCGGAUCACAUGCACAAUCAAGACAAAAGUGAUACCGAAGCCCUUCUGGAAAGAACUAGUCUAGAAAGAUCAGGUUUGACUUCUAGAAGUCCCUUAGGGGCUACAAGUAAUAGCAACAGCUCGCACCAAGGGGCUAAUCCUCACGGUAUUGAUCACAUACUGUCGAGGCCUUCACAAAUAACUACAGGGCCGCUACAUUUUUCACAUAAUUUAGGUUUUGCUCAGAACUCUUUGGGAAUGGCGGCGAAUAGUGCUCAGAACGCGGCUAAUCCUGGUUUGAGGGGAUUCAAUAUCGCUGCAGCUGCUUUUUUUCAUCAUCAUGCCGCCAAUUCUGUUAACAAACCGCCCAUGGAAUUGGGAAGAAGCGCUGGAGGACUCUACUGGCCAGGGAUUCAAAGUCUUAAUCCUAUUGCAUGGAGAGAUCGACUGAGUGGAGGCAUGAAUCAAGGAAAUAUGGGUGGGCUAGGACCUGAUAAGGACACAAAAAAGAAACACACACGACCGACCUUUUCGGGUCAGCAAAUAUUCGCCUUAGAAAAGACUUUUGAGCAGACAAAGUACCUUGCUGGACCUGAAAGGGCGAAACUUGCAUAUGCAUUAGGAAUGACCGAAUCACAAGUAAAGGUAUGGUUUCAAAAUCGUCGAACAAAAUGGCGAAAAAAACACGCGGCUGAAAUGGCAACGGCAAAGCGAAAGCAAGAAGUUCUGGACAACCAAACCGACGAAAAUAGCGACAUCAUUUCAGAUAAUGAAGAUGAACAUUCGAGUAAGCGACAAAACUUGCAAUGAAGCUUCACCACUUCAGUUCGGUAAAUUCGAGUUAUGGAAACCUUAAUUGCCGAGUUAGUUCAAUUUUCAAAUUUUUAUUCUGUGCGUUGACUGAAAACAAUAAACCAAUUUAAAAUCGGUUUGAUGUAAACCAAAGUGAAAUUGGAAAUUUCCCGACGAUUAUUUGCUUGUCUUUUUGCUCUUAUUGUAUAUUGACAUAUUUCGUGCAUUAUUAAUAUUAAAUUUUGAUAUAUGGAAAAGAAAAAAAAAUUAAAAUUCAAAACUAAUAUUUUCAACAGCUUGAAUGUUGGAUCAAGAUACACUUUUAUCAUACGCUAAUCGCUCUUCUACUUUUUAAUUGUUAAAAUUUUAGUAUCGGAUAUUGAACAAAAACCUUUAUUAUUAAAUAUGUU